GCAGGGCUGCCAACAGUGCGUCGGUGCGCAGGUAGCCGCCAACACGCGCGCCUCUGCGGAGCGGGCGAGUGAGUAGAGAAGUAGUGGUGGUUCGGGAGCAGGGGGUGACGUCACCGCGCAGGAGGCUGCCCGCCCGCCGCAGGGCUGCCAACAGUGCGCCGGUGCGCAGGUAGCCGCCAACACGCGCGCCUCUGCGGAGCGGGCGAGUGAGUAGAGAAGUAGUGGUGGUUCGGGAGCAGGGGGUGACGUCACCGCGCAGGAGGCUGCCUGCCCGCCGCAGGGCUGCCAACAGUGCGUCGGUGCGCAGGUAGCCCCCAACACGCGCGCCUCUGCGGAGCGGGCGAGUGAGUAGAGAAGUAGUGGUGGUUCGGGAGCAGGGGGUGACGUCACCGCGCAGGAGGCUGCCUGCCCGCCGCAGGGCUGCCAACAGUGCGUCGGUGCGCAGGUAGCCCCCAACACGCGCGCCUCUGCGGAGCGGGCGAGUGAGUAGAGAAGUAGUGGUGGUUCGGGAGCAGGGGGUGACGUCACCGCGCAGGAGGCUGCCUGCCCGCCGCAGGGCUGCCAACAGUGCGUCGGUGCGCAGGUAGCCGCCAACACGCGCGCCUCUGCGGAGCGGGCGAGUGAGUAGAGAAGUAGCGGUGGUUCGGGAGCAGGGGGUGACGUCACCGCGCAGGAGGCUGCCUGCCCGCCGCAGGGCUGCCAACAGUGCGUCGGUGCGCAGGUAGCCCCCAACACGCGCGCCUCUGCGGAGCGGGCGAGUGAGUAGAGAAGUAGCGGUGGUUCGGGAGCAGGGGGUGACGUCACCGCGCAGGAGGCUGCCCGCCCGCCGCAGGGCUGCCAACAGUGCGCCGGUGCGCAGGUAGCCCCCAACACGCGCGCCUCUGCGGAGCGGGCGAGUGAGUAGAGAAGUAGUGGUGGUUCGGGAGCAGGGGGUGACGUCACCGCGCAGGAGGCUGCCUGCCCGCCGCAGGGCUGCCAACAGUGCGUCGGUGCGCAGGUAGCCCCCAACACGCGCAACUCUGUGGAGCGGGCGAGUGAGUAGAGAAGUAGCGGUGGUUCGCGAUCAGGGGGUGACGUCACCGCCGCGCGGGCCAAUGGAGCGGCAGCUGAUCCCGCGCGCCAGGCUGCGGCGCAGCAGGAGCGCCGCGACGCCGCAGUCCCGCCCGCAGCUGCAGGCCCAGGACGCUAACUGCGCCUUGCUGUACGAGCUGCGCAGCCGUGUUGCUGGCGCUGUGUUCCCGGCCAUGAUCCCGGAGCCGGACGCCUGCGCCCCCGGUGGCGACCUGGAGAAGCGCAACCGGCGCAACACGGGCGCUGCCCCCGCGGCGCCGCCCCUGCCGCCCUUCAGCCCCGAGGGCCUGAUCCUGCCCCGCAAGCCGGCCAACCCCUGCCUCGAGUCCAGCGACCACAAGAACCUGCACCGCGAGCUGCUCUUCAACCACAGGAUAGGCAAGAACGUGCUGAACCAGAAGUCGGAGCUGCAGAAGGCCCUGGAGAAGCACAAGGAGCUGCAGCUGAAGAAGGAGCUGCAGCAGCAGCAGGAGAGCAGCAAGUCCGUGCUGGAGCGGGUCAUCGAGGAGCGCGCCAAGCGCCUCGAGAUGUUGCAGAAGCCGGAGGGGGAGGCCAAGAGCCCGAACGGAGCCCCGGAGUUCCUGCAAGUGCACGCCAAGCUGCGGGCCCGCAUGGACUCCAAGUGAAGCCCUCGCCGCUCGCUCCCUGGGAGACCACGGUUGCUGCCCCUCAAAGUGUCUGGGGUAACAAGAGACUGUUUUACCUUUGUGUGUAGUCAGUAUGUUUGUAGUUGAGGGGCCAUGGUCCCUCGAGAAAUGUUUUCUGUAAAUAUAUACUUUUAGGUGCCUCGGUACUUUUAGUUUGUGCCGGCGCUUGUAAAUUGUAAAUAUUAAGAACAUAUCCAAGAAUAUUUUAUUAUAGUUUGACAGCUGCAGUGUUCUGUAGCAAGCACUUUAUUUUUUAUUUUAUUUUUUUUAUACCAGAACAUAGUUUAUUACAGAUAAUGUGUCUAAAAGAUUAGAUUAAAUUACACUGUCUCGAAAGCUUUGGAUCUUAGAUAAGCGACUCUGUGCCUUUUAUUCUUCACAACUUAAGAACACAUGCGUAUUCACUUAAGAAGACAAAAUAAAAUAUAGGAAUGCAAGUACAUAGUUUGAAACACACAGAAAUAGCAGUGGAAGGUUGGUUUGGUAAAAAAAAAAACUGUAGCUUGAGUUUUUCGAGCAUGUUUAGGCCCUUAUGAUUCUACUAACAGUUCAGUAUCACCCAUGUAGUUCUGUUAUGGUAUUUUCAUGAGUUUUUUCUUUUGCGGAAAUUCCUGCCGCAUUCCAUUAUCUAAACAUUACAGUUUAUGUUGUUGCAGACUUUGUUACCAGAUGUAUGUGGCAAGUUAUUGCUUUUGUAAAUAGUUGGGCAAGUAUGUCUUUAUUGUGAGAUGAUCACCUAAUGGAAGUUAAUUUUUUGCUUUCUCAGCAGGAUAAUGCCCACCAUUUUCUUUUUCAUGAAAAUUAUCAGAAAUAUUAAAUACUGAACUAAAUGGGUGAAAGUUUUUUUUUUGUAAAUUUUUUCACUGCUUGUGUUUUUUACGUGUCUGUAACAUUCAUGUUAGUGGCUGGCUAAUGGUUUGUGUCAUGCCUGUGUUGUUCGCAUUUGUAUGCACUUUUAUAACCACACAACCUGAGUUAUUAGAGAUAUCUGACACAAGAAAUUUGCUAUGAAUACUUAAUAGAUGAUACAAUUUUAAAUUAGUUUACAAAAUGUAUGUUUUUCCCCCCCUUUUUUUUUUGUCUGAACUAUGUAUCAAUUACAAUGAUGAAUUCUAUUCCUUUGCUAGCAUUAAAUAAUUUUUUUUUGUUGAAUGGAUUUCUAUUUACUUUUUAGAAGUGUAGUAAGAAUUUCAUUUUGGGAAGGUAUUGGAGCAGGAGGGGGGGGGGGGGGGGGGGUUAGUGUAGAGGGAGUAAUAGAACCACUUUGCCUAUUUUUGUUUUGUUGGUGGGAAUGAUAGAUUUCUUUUAGGAUUUCUGUUCCCACUCCCCCCUUCCAAACAUCCCUGUGAACACCCCUGCUUGAAGGUUCGUGUUUAUUUUGCACUCUCCAUUGCAAAUUACACUCAGGUAAUGGUAAAAGUUUUGGUAAAGUACAUUCCAAAUUUUUUGAUGCAAGCUAAUUAGGAAAAUUUCUGAAUUUAGAUGGGAAGAUUCAAAUGAGUAUGCUCAAAUAUGCUUUAGAAAGUAAUUUGUAAAAACCAAAAUUAUACUAAAUGCCAAAUGUCAAAAUAAUUGUUAAAACUGAAUAUGAAAACGCUCUUUACAUGUACUCUAGUUAAUAUAUGAGCCAUGAGUGUUCUGUGUAGGUGUAAUGCACUGAUAAGCAAUACAGUAAUGUAUGGUUCUAAUAAGUGUCUUUACUUACUGCUUGUAAAAAGCUAUAUUGAUAUAGUUUGGACCUGGAGACAAUCCUUCACUUAUACAGUUCCAUGUAUUGUAUGAGUGUAUUGUUAUUGUGCUAAAUCUGUAUUUCCCUCGGAAACUUCUUCAUAUGUAGGGUGGAAAGUGCACUGAAUAUAGACACUGCAAUGUAACAGAAAAUUUGGCUGUGACAAUUAUGAUCGGCCUGAGUUUGUACCUCAGUUUUGUUCGCUUAGAAAUGAAUGGGCAGUGCUUUAAAACUAUUAUUCAUUCAAGAGGAUUGAAUUAUUAUGGUAGUGUUUAUGAGCAAGUUGUAUUUGUGUCAAUAAUUAAGACUUCCUGUAAAUCGUUAGGUGUAGAAAGAACGAUAGCUAAGAGAGGCAUGUUUGUUCUUAGUACGUACAAGUCUUGUGUGUUCUAAAUGUGAUAUAGGGUGGUACUGACUAGUGGAAACAGUAGAUAAACCACCAGUAUUUUCAGGCAAUUGAAAUGUAAUUAACAAAGAAUAAAAGAAACAUAUAUAUUUAUUUCUACUGUUUUCUUGUAAUUAUUGAAACAUAGAUUGUCAAUAAAAAGUGCAACCAAUAA